AUGUGUGGGGACUUGCACCUCCUGGAACAAAACUGCCUAUCCAACCAGUCCUGAAAUUCGUGUUCAAAAGUAACUGAAAACAGGACACUGCUCGACGCGUGUCCAUCAUGGCCGCUCAGACAGUGUACCCCAUGGGCGUGGUCAUGUUCACCCCGCUGGUGGGCAUGCCCCUCGGCAGCGAGGGGCACGGGGUGCCGGAGCUGUCCCGGACCGACCUGGCCGCCCCACAGCUGGUGAUGCUGGCCAACGUGGCGCUGACCUCGGAGGGUGCCGGCUGUGACUACAUGAUCGAGGAGAAGCAGAUGGUGGAGCUGAAGACGGUGGGCAGCAGCAGCUACUCGGACAGCGAGGACGAAGGCCCGGCGCCCUGCGACUACGACGGCCACACCGACGUGCCUGACGACACCUACCCAGAAACCCCGCAGGUCACCAGCUUCCAGGGACAGGAGGACAGGGAGGCGGAGGGGGAGGGAGAAAGAGAAGAGAGCCUGCCCACCUCCCAGGAGGUCCAGAAUGCCCCCGCGGCAGUGGCCAAGCGUAAGCGGAACCUACGCCUGGCGGAGGCCCCCAGGAAGAAGAAGCCCUUCCACUGCAAGCCCUGUCAGUACCAGGCGGAGUGCGAGGAGGAGUUUGUGCACCACAUCCGGGUCCACAGCGCCAAGAAGCUGAUCGUGGUGGGCCGGGCGGAGGGGGAGGAGCAGGCCAAGGGAGCGGAGACAGAGGCAGCCCCGGAGAGCGGAGAGGGCGUGGCCUACACCAAAGGGGUGAUCCGGUGCGAGCGCUGUGGCUACAACACCAACCGCUACGACCACUACAUGGCCCACCUCAAGCACCACACCAAGGAGGGAGAGAGCCAGAGGGUCUACAAGUGCACCAUCUGCACCUACACCACCGUCAGCCAGUACCACUGGAAGAAGCACCUGAGGAACCACUUCCCCAGCAAGCUGUACACCUGCGCCCAGUGUUGCUACUUCUCUGACCGCAAGAACAACUAUGUGCAGCAUAUCCGUACCCACACAGGUGAACGCCCUUUCCGGUGUCCCUACUGCAAAUACUCAAGCUCUCAGAAAACACACCUGACCAGGCACAUGAGGACACACUCAGGUGAGAGGCCCUUUAAAUGUGAGAGCUGCAGCUACCUGGCAGCCAAUCAGCAUGAGGUGACACGACACGCCAGACAGGUGCACAACGGGCCAAAGCCGCUGAGUUGCCCUCACUGCCAGUACAAGACCGCAGACCGCAGCAACUACAAGAAGCACGUGGAGCUGCACGUCAACCCCAGGCAAUUCCUCUGCCCGGUCUGCAGCUACGCCGCCUCCAAGAAGUGCAACCUGCAGUACCACAUCAAAUCCCGUCACCCUGACUGCUCUGAGAUCACUAUGGACGUGUCCAAGGUGAAGCUCCGAGUCAAGAAACCUGAAUCCAGCGCCACCUACUAUAACAUGGACAGGAACUCCCAGUACGUGCUGACGGGAAUCAAAGAAGGGAAAGAGGCACAGGAGAAGAAGACGGACAGGCGAGAGAACGGGGAAGCGGACAAGCAGACUAAGUCAGACCCGAUCAAUCUGUCCACCAAAAAAGCCAGCAAGCCAGUCCUGUCGAUGGCUGCGAAGAAGGAGCAAAGAGACAAAACCCCGAAGAGAGCAGAGGAGACGUCCGAGAAGGAUAACGGGAAGAAGACGCAGAAGGGCUCGGCAGAGGAGAAGAGAGCGGAGAAACAGAGUGCUCAGAAAGCAGAGAGGAGUGAGAGGACAGAGAGGAGCAGCAGCCGAGUGGAGAAGGAGAGAGUGGAACAGGAACGACUAGAACGAGAGAGGGUGGAACAGGAGCGGCUAGAGAGGGAGAGAGUGGAGAGGGAGAGAGCAGAACAGGAGCAGCUAGAGCGGGAAAGAGCGGAACAGGAGCGGCUAGAGAGGGAGAGAGUGGAACAGGAGCGGCUAGAGAGGGAGAGAGUGGAACAGGAGCGGCUAGAGAGGGAGAGAGUGGAACAGGAAAAGGUGGAGAAGGAGAGACUGGAACAGGAGCAACUAGAAUGGGAGAAAGCAGAGAGGGAGAGGGCGGAACAGGAGCGGAUAGAGAGGGAGAGGGUGGAACAGGAGCAGCUAGAGCGAGAGAGAGCAGAGCAGGAGAAGCUUGAGCUGGAGAAGAAGGAGAGUGAGAGGAUGGCAGAGGAAAAAGAGACCAAAAUCAUGGAGAAAUCUGUUAAGAGUGGAUUCAAGAAACCAGCAAAAGAAGAGAACAACCUUGAGAGAAUGGGUAGAGGAAGACGUCAUAAACCCCCAGAAGAAACCCAGAGCAAGGCAGCUGUAACCAGCUGUAGGAAGAGAAAAGCAGACAUCUUACAGCCUUCCUCCCUUGAGAAGGAGAAGCCCUCUUCCUGCAACAGCCAGAAAGCCGAGGACAGUGACCAACAGCCACAGAGGGCGAAUGUCCUUCGAGGCAGACGCAACGCACUCACGCGUUGUCAGGGACCCAAAGGCAAAGUGAGCAAGGAGAUUGACCAGCCCACGGGGGUCGGCAUGAAGAAGAGAACCAAAAAGACAGAGAGCGAGCCGAAACUGAGCCUGACAGGGGCCAGCAAGAACCAAGACAGAGGCAGCGAGGGAGACUCCCCUUGUCACCCAGUCGCAGAGCUCCAGACGGCUGUUGGGGCGGCCAGCUCUUGCCAGGGCCCCCCCAGGGUCGCAGGGAGCACCAGUGCAGGGGAACCUGAGACGGUGGAAGCUCCUCAAAAACAGGACAAACCCCUUGCAGAAGCGGAAAGGACUGAAGUGGAUCAGGGGAAGGCCCCGAGCGAACCAAAGGAAACCGCCGAGAGUGGUGAAGCGGGCUCGGAGGGCGGGGUGGGUGGUAAGCACCCCCCCUCCCUGCUGGAGCUCCCCGCAGCGCCCGGUAAGCCCGCGGACAUGGAGGAGGACGAGGGCAUCCACAGCCAUGAUGGCAGCGACAUCAGCGACAGCGUCUCCGAGGGCAGCGACGACUCUGGCCUCAGCGGGGGCGCCGCGGCAAAACCGGCUGAGCCGGGAACCCCCUCCGAGGAACCUCCAGCCCCCCCGAAACCUCAGAGCCACACCUGCAUCUUCUGCGACCGCACAUUCUCAGUAGAGGCGGAGUACCGCCGGCACCUGAACCGCCACCUGGUGAAUGUGUAUUACCUUGAGAGCGCCGCCCAGGGGGACCAGUGAACCCCAGCGUCGGGAGGCCUGGACUACGCAUUCACUUUAUUUUCUAAUUUACUGUAACUUUGUAUCUCGAAUACCAGACACCAACGGUGCACCUAUUGCUUUACGAUAUAAAUUUUGUCUUUAUAUAUACACAUAUCUAUAUAUAUAUAUAUAUCUUACACUAAUUCACUGUUUUGCAUAUUAUGUGUUUGGACUUUUUCCUCACCUUGUUGCAGCGGAAGAGUGAAUGGUUAAGUCAUACUGUACAUGUACUGUUAAAAUGGCCACUGCCCAGUGGGACAUGGAGAUUCAUUUUUGUAGUGUAAAGCUUUAUUUGAUUACCAGAAAACCACCAUUACACCAGGCUUGUGUGGGCAUUGAAAAUGCCAUCUAGAAUGGGAACAGCUUAGAUUUGACUAGGAGUCAUGUAUUCUUACAGUCUGCUCCUCUCAUUAUUGGCUCAGUGCCAGGUUUUUAAUGUUUCCUGUCUUUACACUCAUUUUUGUUCAUUCAGAAUCCUUUAAGUCAUGACAAAGUUGGGCAGUUCAGAUCCACUGCAUUACAAAGGCAUGGUCUUUAUGAUGAGAAUAGUAUUUAAGACACCAUUGUUCUCCUCUAUGGUGCAAAGUUAGAAAACAUGGUUUGUGUUGCAUACAUAAAACCUAAAAGCACUAGGACAUGCAGUGGAGGAAUCUAUCAGGAGCUCAGCUAAAGAUUAAAUCUGGAGGUGAUAAAAAGUCACUGUAAUGAUGCAGAAUCAUGGCAGCUUGCUCAACCAGAAAUUAUUCCUUCCUCCACAGCCCCAAGGUUUUUUUUUUUUCUCAUUCCCCAUCCUGUCCGAGAUGAACAAUAGCGAUUCCGCCAUGAAAGCAAGCGUAACACUUCUAAAUGAGGAACCAAAGACUGCCCUACACUCCCGCAGGGACGUUAAAUUAGACGGACCCAGGUGGUCCAGGGCCCGUAGCUGUGAGAACAAUGUGCUUCUCACUUCUUUUGUGUCAGUCCACUCCUCUGGAGCGCCGGCGACUGAAUCGGUCUCCAAAAGGGGGACAGCGAUGCCUGCUCAAAGCCGGCUCAAGGUCCUUUCACAGCCCCGGAAAGUGGCUUCUGUGCAGAGAGGGCUCGUCCUGCACCCCUCUGAAAGUGCACUUUUAGCCCCUUAGGUUUAUUUUGUUUACAUCAGAUUGUUACAGAAGCAGUUGUGGAGCACACAAAUCCUGCAAAGAGGAACGAAAAUGAGGGUGUUUUUGUUCUGCUUCCCUCGCGAGCUCUUGUUGCGCACAUCAGAGCGCAGUUUGAAAUGUGAAAUGUGGGUGGUAUGUGCACAGAUAUCAGAGAGGUCAGUGGUUCUUUAAGCCGAUACCUCCCAUACAUGCAGAUGAAAACUUCCUCAGCGUGUCAGUUCAGAAUGAAUUACACCUAAGUCCAGGUGCUUUUAGCUUUAGGCUGAGCUGCCACUCAUGAACUCUUCAACAUUUUGACAAAAUUGAAAAAGCCUACAUAAUAAGCAACUCCAAGACACUGUAGCGAAUGUGUCAUUUGUGACUGGUGGUAGCUGGGAGUUUCUGACUGAGGUUGAUUGAUGUUAACCUGUCAAAAAAGUGAAAUGAAUCAAGAUGGUCUACUAGGCCAACAAAGAUGAUGGCACUUUCUGUGUAAAAUAAGAGGUGAUAGAUGGGCAGAUGAACUGCUACUGGGUAAAUGACUCCGCUGUCUCCCUCUUGUAUGUCCAUUAAGUAGACAAAAAGAACACCCUGAAACUAUGGGAUAGUUACAAACAGAUGAAUAUCCUAUUAUCCUGUUAUCUUUAGGCGUAGUGGGUUUGGAUUUUACUAUGUUAUGGAAAAAGUCCAAAGAUUUUUUUUUUAAUUAUUAUUUUUUAUACAUAGUGAUAGAGCAGAGGAAAGACACUUUCUUCGCAUUUGCUCUUAGAUGCCUUUGACAAUCAUGCUGUGAAUUCUCUGUGGUUUUGGGCUUGCUUUUGAACAGGGGAGGCUUGUGUAAUAUACCUGGACAGGUGGUGCAGUCGCUAGAAUACGGCACCGUGCGGGAUGCAGUCUGUCACCGAGCGAACCUCUCGUCAUGUCACGUUCAAACGAGUGAACGUUGUUGGACCAUCCUUUUGUGUCAGCUUGAAGUGCUCAGUGUUUGAAUGGACUAUAUGGGACUCUUCUAAACAGACCCGCUCAAAGCCUGCAGCCUGUUUUAUGCAAAGUCCAGCUUAGCAAGCACUUGUUUAAAGUACGUACAGAUGUGGCCCUCUUCCAAAGCUCAGACUUAAGUGUGCUCUCCUCCAAGGCAGUUUGAUUAGUUGUAUGACAACGAGUUUGAGUGGGUUGGAUAAGCUACCACUGCAUUGCUCCAAUGUAAGCAGUGCACUGCAAUGUCAGAUGUGUGUGUAAAAGAACGCUUUUAACUAGUGUAGUGCGUAAACGCCGACUGAAAAUAUUGUCUGCAAGUUUCUACUUUUUGCAUUAAAAACAAACACACUCUUGGUUUGGUUUUUACCUGGCCUCUACUCACACGUUUCGCCGACAAUAGUGUGCCUCUAACGCGCCUGUACCUGUACUGGUUGUUCACAUUUCACAACCCAAACACACACACACACACACACACACACACACACAAAAUGAACACUUCAGCAGAUUAUGUGCAAUAAUGACCAGUGCGUGGGUGUGAUGCCAAAGCGAGAAGCCGUAUCAAUGUGAGGGCUGCCGUUUCAGCUCUCCCAGCGAUGGCAACAGCUCAGCAGGGAGCGCGACCGUUACGAGUGCUCUGGGUCACAUACGAGACUGCACUCUUCUUAGACAGGCAGAUUCUGGGAAAUAAAUACGCACCCUUUGUUUUGCGUGUGUGAGAGAGCACGUUCUACGUUCGCUUAGUGACGGAUGUGCACUCCAUGCUGUCUUUUCUUUCUAACUUUGAAUUUUGAAUUUUUGCAUUGUUGUACUCCUUGUCAUGUUGCUAUUUACUGUCUUCCAUAUGUAAUGAAACCAUAUCCAUUUUUUCUUGUGUUGGAAAAAAAAUGUAAUGGAUGGGCCGUUUGAGAAACUGAAUUGUGAAAAGGGUGACCUUUCCUGUAAGAGUGGACAUCAGUAUGACAAUAAUUGGCUUCACACAAUUUUGUGCAAUUCCAAGUAAGAAAGGGAUAUUAAGUAGU